CCGUCCGGGGUUGAUUGUUGUUUCGGUCCGGGCACGGCGUAUCGUGUUUUGGUCGGUAGUUUUUAACUCGGGGUUUUGAACGAGAUUAAACUGCAGCUCGGUUUUUACGAAUGCGGGGAGACGACUCGCCAGAUUCCGACUCGGGGAGGAUGGACGAAAGUUCAGUCCGGAGGAGCCUGGAGACGCUGUGUCAGGAGUUAAACAUGGACGAGCAGACUUCCACUGAGGCCAUGGAAAACUUCUCAGCGAUAUGGAACACAUACACUCUGGAGGGUGAGGUGGUCCACUGGCUGGCCUGUGCGCUGUAUGCCGCCUGUAGGAAGGGAUCCACUCCCACAGUGGGCAAAGGGCUGAUGGAGGGAAACUGUGUGUCCCUCACCAGGAUCCUUCGCACCGCCAAGCUCAGUCUCAUCCAGUUCUUCUCCAAGAUGAGAAAGUGGACCGACAUGUCCAACCUCCCUCAGGACUUCAGGCUGCGCAUGGAGCGGCUGGAGCGCAACUUCGAGGUUUCCACUGUGAUAUUUCACAAGUUUGAGCCCAUCUUCAUGGACAUGUUCCAGAACCCGCAGGGAGCGGAGCCGCCGCGGCAACCACGCAGCAGGAAACAUAGGCGGCUGCCCUGUCACAUCAGCGACGUGUUCAAGUUCUGCUGGACUUUAUUUGUCUACACCAAAGGUAACUUCCGCAUGAUAGGCGACGACCUGGUGAACUCGUAUCACCUCCUGCUCUGCUGCCUGGACCUGGUGUUCGGCAACGCCCUGCUCUGCGCCAACAGGAAGGACCUCAUCAACCCGACAUUCAGAGGCCUGCCUGCUGUCUACCGUGCAGACAGCCAGGUCUCCCCAGAUGAGCCUCCUCCAUGUGUUUUGGAGAGGCUGUGUGAGCUCCACGAUGGACUGGUGGUGGAGGCUAAGGGCAUCAAACAGCACUACUUCAGGCCCUACAUACAGAGACUGUUCCAGAAACAGAUUCUAAAAGGCAAUGAUGAGCUGCUGACGGAGCUGCUGGACCCUCAGAACUUUAUUGAUAACAAUAAAGCCAUAAACAGGGAGUAUGAGGAGUACGUGUUGACAGUCGGGGAUUUUGACGAGCGGGUGUUCCUGGGAGCCGACGCUGAUGAGGAGAUCGGAACACCGAGGAAGGUUAUUCAAGAACCUUCCGCAGGCCAGAUCGCUCAGAACCACCUGCAGCAACACGUAGAGAAGUCUGCUUCUCUGACUCCCUCCACCCCUCUGACCGGGCGCGUUUACCUGAAGGAGAAGGACCUGCUCGUCACUCCCGUCUCCUCAGCAACGCAGAGCGUCAGUCGGCUGCAGAGCAUGGUGGCCGGGCUGAGGAACGCCCCCAGCGAGCAGCUGCUGCAGAUCUUCAAGUCCUGCUCCAGAGAUCCCACAGAGUCCAUCCUGACCAGAGUCAAGAUGCUGGGACAAAACUUCAAAGAACAUUACACCAACGACUCUGAGGACACGCCUGGCUCUCAUAUAGAUUUUGCAGAGAACCGCCUGAAGUUGGCUGAGAUCUUGUACUAUAAGGUCCUGGAGAACGUCAUGGUUCAGGAGACCAAACGGCUGCAGGGCAAGGACAUGACCGUGUUGUUAGAGCAGGAUAUCUUCCACUGUUCCCUGAUGGCGUGCUGUCUGGAGGUGGUGUUGUUCGCCUACAGCUCCCAGAGAACCUUCCCCUGGAUCAUCAGCGUCUUCAAACUGGCCCCAUUCUACUUCUUCAAGGUUAUUGAGGUGUUUAUCCGCUCAGAGGAGGGCCUGUCCAGAGACAUGGUGAAGCAUCUGAACUCCAUAGAGGAGCAGGUUUUGGAGAGCAGAGCCUGGACCGCAGACUCUGCACUGUGGAGCGCCCUGCAGGCUGCUGGGAACAAGGUCCCCACUGUAGAGGAGGUGAAUUUCUCCACCAGUCUAGACACAGGUUCUGGGUCUGGUCUUGGUUCUGGUUCCACCACUGGGAGUCUGUCCCAUCUGCCCCUGGCCACCCUCUCCCCCAUCAUCCACCCCCGCAUCAGGGAGUGCCGAUCAGGCCUUGGCAGCGCACGCAAAGACGUGCCUCCCUCUCCUCUGUCGGUCCACGACAGGUACAGCUCCCCCACGGCCGGCAGCGCCAAACGGCGGCUCUUUGACGACACUCCGGCCCCGCUGGGAGUGGCACCUGGUGGCAGCCCGGUCUCCUCCCCGGCAAAGAGGCUAACGUUCAGCUCAGGAGGCACGCUGAAGAUUGGAAGCCCGCUGAGCCAAACCACCAUCCUUACACUGAACCCACUGCAAGGUGUGAAGAAUGACAGUGGUAUAACAGUGAUCCAGGUGCAGCCUGCUCCGUGUGACUCACCUGGUCCCAUCACAGCUCAGCUCCUGCUGACCGCCUCCCCCAGCCGCCCCAUCUCUACCACUGUGACCUCCGACCCCCAGCCAGGAGCCACUCGACCACGACGCACAGGGUCGCUGGCUCUCUUCUUCAGGAAGGUCUACCACCUGGCCAGUGUCCGUUUGAGGGAUUUGUGUGUGAAGUUGGACAUCGCGCCAGAGCUCCGCGGGAAAAUCUGGACUUGCUUUGAACAUUCACUGGUCCACUGCACCGAUCUGAUGCGGGACAGGCACCUCGACCAGCUGCUGCUCUGUAGCAUUUACAUUAUAUCCAAGGUCACCAAAGAGACUCACACCUUUCAGGACAUCAUGAAGUGUUACCGCAGCCAGCCACAGGCCAGCAGCCAUGUGUACCGCAGCGUCUUACUGCGUCACACCCCCAGAGAGGCGGCAGGUGAUGAGAACAUGGAGGUGGACCCUGCCUCAGGUGGCGAAUCUGCAGAAAAAAACAGUCAGGCUUCAGGGGAGGCCAGCUCUGACCAAUCAGGGGAGGAGGAGCGCGGUGACCUCAUCCAGUUCUACAACUCCGUCUAUGUGCUCAAGAUGAAAAGCUUCGCUCAGAGAUACACCCCACACGACAACAGGAUGGACGCUCCGCCCCUCUCUCCCUUCCCGUCGGUUCGGGCUCAGCCUCUGUCUCCUCGUCGCAUCUCCCAAAGACACUCCCUGUACGUCUCGCCUCAUAAAUCUUCCUCUGGCUGCCUCACGCCCAACUCCUACACAUACAAGAUCAACGGCAGCCCGUCUAAGGAGUUGUCAGACAUCAACCGGAUGAUCCGGCAGGGCUGUGUGAGCAGGAAGAGAGCCUUCACCAUGGAGGGCGACGUGAUGAUGUCAUCGGCCUGCGACUCCCCCAGCAAGCGGGUGUGUCCAGAGAGCAGCAGCAGUCCAGACGUGCUGCUGAAGCGCCUGCAGGACGUGGUGUCAGAGAGACAGAGUCACUGAUGGACAACCAAGCCUCAAAUGUAAACCAUUACUGUGAGAGUAAUGAAUUGAAUUUCAUUACACACCUUUUCUCCUUUACAAAUAGCUAGCAGUCACUUGAGAGUAGCCAGCACAUGUGGAGCUAAAGGGUGAGCAGGGAGGGCAGAGGUUGCUUUACAGCUCAAAGGCUGUAGCUCACUCUGCUUUAAGCCAUUACAACACUGAUGUCACAGUGUUUUUCAGGAAUACACAAAGUAAUGGGUAUUGGUACCCAUGUAUUUUUCACAUUAUGACCCAAGGGUCAGAAAACACACAUUCUGGACAGAUGCCAUACGACAUGUCAUUUUGGUGGGUGAUUUUAUGCAAAGCGACUUCCAGGUCCAUGAGUGCACCAGUGUUGUCAUCAUGCCAGAAUUUUGACCUCAGUAUUACGUUUAAUGCUGAAAUAUAGAGCUUUUUCACAGCCGCCAGUUUGACAUGAAAUACCUGCUUUACACAAAAAUUCUGUAUUAGUGAAGAAGUUUCGCAUAUAGGACUUUCAUCUGGUCAAACACAUUUGGUCAAAGUAUUGAAUGUUUAUUUAAAAAAUCUAAUAUUGAACUCUUAUAUUUGGCUGUGGAGCUAAAAAAGACUCAAAAUUUCAGUUGUCAUGAUGACACCAGGGUCCACAUUUUGUUAGCAUGGGUGAGUCCAGUGGGAAUCGAACCCCGGCAGUCUUAGUGCCUUGUGUCAGCGUCAAAUGUAAGUAAGGAAGUGAAAAACACCAGCAUAGGAGUAACCGGAAAAGGAUUUCUAAUAUUUGAGCCAAAGUCAAGAGCUGAAAAGCUGUGCGGGGGCGGUUAGAUUCUCACUGGCAUGCACACCGGAGGCUGGAUCGCGCUUUGCUUCCAGGUCAGGUAAAAAUAUAUCUCGAAUCAAAGAUUUCAUUCAGGCCUCAAGCUUUUGUAUAGAAUUUUCUUUAUCAGAAUAUAACAAACCAAGGCCCCCUUUAUUUUUUCUAGUAUUAAAUGUGACUUCCACUACAGUUUUAGGUAUUUCCAGGUAUUUUCUGCACUCUCUACUUUUUGUAGAGAAAAGUCAAUUUGACUAAUUUUUAUUCUUACUAAUCUUUCGUACUAAUCUUUUACAAUCUCCUUUUCUUUUUAUUGCGGUUUAGAACCAAACUGCUGUUUUGUAAUAUCCUGUAAUUAUAGGCUUAAUGGUAAUAAGAGUGCUGGUUUGAAGCAGCAUUUUUGUCUUGAAAUGUGUAGUAUCUACACUUUGUUGUUAAUGAAUGUAACAUUUUAUGGAAUCUGCAUCUUCAUUCAUGCAGUGUUUUUUUUGUUUUGGAUGAUUAAGUGAAAAUGUACUUUUAUUAUGUUCACAUUUAUAAAAACUGUUUUUUUGUUUGUGUUCACUUCUGGUUUCCAAAAGCACACCAGCUACAGAGACAGAGGAACUAACUGACCAGGAAGAAAAUGCAAAACAGAUGAUUUUAUUUUUUUCCCCAGACAAUCAUCAGCUUCAUAGCAUGGAUAGGAAAGUCAAAGUUCAUACACUCUGGUGUGUUUCCUGCUUAGCCCCGCCUCUCUGUCUGUUUAGCCUUUAAUUGAACACGUACAACAGCGCUUAUGCAAAUUUGAGUUUUCUCAGCGUUGUGCUCACACAGAAGGAUUCCUCAGUGAGGUCCAAGGAAUUUGUAAGGAUUUGGGGAACAUUUAAUUAUGGCAAAAAUUACAAUCCAAGUGAUUUUUUUUUUAUAUUGUGUACAGUGCAAAGAUUAUAUAUCCUGUUUUCAUCUGCAUGAUACAGUUAAGUGUUUUGUUAAUUGUGAAAAAUAAAUUCCAAGUGUGCAUAGUUUUGCAGGCCUAAAAAAUUUCUAGACUAAUUUGUAGAUUCCUUGAUCAGGAUGGUCUUCUUUACGGACCAGAGAGGCGAGCCAAAGCAGGCCAAGUGGGACACUCUGAUGGCUUUUCAUUUCUACUUUACAAACGUUUACUGACACAGAAUUUACUGCUUGAUGUCAUUAUUCAAGUGGACCUUUGAUGCAGCACCCAAACUGUUAUCAUAAUGUUUAAAAUAACAUAGUGUAGGUGCGAACUGCCUUUCUAUGGCAGCUAUUAUGUUAAAAGUUGAUAUUUUUCUAAAGCAGUGAACUGAAGUCUUAUCAGUUAUGGUGUGCGUGACUAUUUUAAAUGUAAAAUAAAGUUUUGUGUUUUGAUUA